UCUUCCGCUGUCCGCCGGUGGCUAGGCCCAGGCUAUCGCGGGGUGUACAGCGGCGUCGCGGCCAGUAGAGGGAUUCUGGGUAACGGCCCCGGCCCCCGGCUGGGGUUCUGGCUCGGCGCAGCAGGUUCCACUCACGCCAAGUCUGUUGGCAGUGGCAGUUGUAGGGCCGGGGGCGGUUGUAGGACCCGGAGCAGCCGGACAUGGAACAACCGUGGCCGCCUCCGGGACCCUGGAGCCUCCCUCGGGCCGAGAGUGAGGCUGAGGAAGAGAGUGACUUGGACGUGUUCCCCAGUUCUCCCCGCUGCCCGCAGCUGCCGGGCGGCGGCGCCCAGAUGUAUAGCCAUGGAAUUGAAUUGGCUUGCCAAAAGCAGAAAGAGUUUGUGAAGAGCUCUGUGGCGUGCAAAUGGAAUCUUGCUGAAGCUCAACAGAAACUCGGUAGCUUAGCACUGCAUAAUUCUGAGUCCUUGGAUCAGGAGCAUGCUAAAGCACAAACAGCAGUAUCAGAACUGAGGCAACGGGAAGAAGAGUGGCGACAGAAAGAAGCAGCUCUGGUACAAGGAGAGAAGAUGUGUCUGUGGAGCAUGGAUGCCAUUAGCAAGGACGUUUUUAAUAAGAGUUUUAUUAAUCAAGAUAAAAGAAAAGACACAGAAGAUGAAGAUAAAUCAGAAUCAUUUAUGCAAAAAUAUGAGCAAAAAAUCAGACAUUUUGGUAUGUUGAGUCGAUGGGAUGAUAGCCAGAGAUUUUUGUCUGACCAUCCAUACCUUGUAUGUGAAGAAACUGCUAAAUAUCUUAUUUUAUGGUGUUUUCACCUAGAAGCUGAGAAGAAAGGGGCUUUAAUGGAACAAAUUGCACAUCAAGCUGUUGUAAUGCAGUUUAUUAUGGAAAUGGCCAAAAACUGUAAUGUGGAUCCAAGAGGGUGUUUUCGUUUAUUUUUCCAGAAAGCCAAAGCAGAGGAAGAAGGUUAUUUUGAAGCAUUCAAAAAUGAACUUGAAGCUUUCAAGUCAAGAGUAAGACUUUAUUCUCAAUCACAAAGUUUUCAACCUAUGACAGUUCAGAAUCAUGUUCCCCAUUCUGGUGUUGGAUCUAUAGGUUUAUUAGAAUCCUUACCACAGAAUCCAGAUUAUCUUCAGUAUCCUAUCAAUACAGCUCUCUGCAGCUUAAACUCGGUGGUACAUAAAGAAGAUGAUGAACCCAAAAUGAUGGACACUGUAUAAUUUGGUUAAGACUGCUGAGGCCAAGUGCUAUUUUGUUACAAGAAAGGAAUAACUUGGCUAUUUUCUUGACACUUUUAUGGGUGCUGCACUUUAUUUUUGUUCGGUUUUUGAUGGGAGGGAAAGAGUACUGAAAUGUUUUGUAAAUUUUUUUUAAUGUGCUGCUAGGUUUUUUGUUUUGUUUUGUUCUAAAGAGAGGAGUGGUACCAUAUGUUGCAGGAAGUCAAACUGGACUUUUUGUGGCUACUAAAUUUGCCUUUAAUCUUAUUGUUCUCAAUUUUGGAAUCAAGUAUGAAAAUCUGCACAAAUGCAAUGUUUACAGGAACUGGUUGAUUCUGGGAGGCAUCUGCCACAGUCUCUUUUUAUAUGGGUAUGUACGUGUCCUGUUCUACAAACAUGAUUAAAGAUAAAAACACACUUGUAUCCCACUGCUAAUUUAGCUGUCAAAUCUGGUGUUUCAUCACAUUAAACGCAAUAAAUCAGUAGUUGGUAAUGUACUUUACUAAAUAAGUUGGGGGGGUACAAUUUUUAAAAGUCUUAACUCUUAAAUGCUUGACUUUCGACACCAUCAGUUAAAUCCUUGACUAUAAUACAAAUUUGAUAUAAACGUUACAUUUACCCUCAAAUGAUUCUUAAAACUAUAUUCUUUAGAAUUUGAUUUUACCCUGCUGACUUUAAGAGUUAUAGUAAUAUCAAACAUGAUGAGCUAAUGUAGAUUUUCUUUUUAAAUAAGAAUAACUUCAAGCUCACUCUUUCUUAACAUAGUCUGGGGUCUCUCAGGGAGUAAGUUUUAAAAGAAUACUAAUGGCUUGUAAGAACAAACGGGAAUAAUAAUCUGAUUUUUAAAUUUGUGGUUAUUGUUUCACUCUCAUGUAGCCUUUUAAUUUUUUUUUUUUGUUUAUUUUUUGAUGUAGCCUUUUUAAAAAGGACUCUUAAAAAUGAUUUUUUUUUUUUUGAAGGCAAGAGAAAUCUUUUAGUGCUAACUGCCUUGAGCUGCCAAUUACCUAUUUCUGAGAAUUUGGUGACUCUUAUUGGUAAUGACGGCAUUUACAACAUUUGGCAUUUCCCCUUUUUCAGCUCAGUUACCACAGAAUGCUUCUACGCUUUACUACUUCCUCUGUAAGUCAUUUCAAUUAUGCCAGGCUAUUUGAUGAUUUCAUUUAUGUAGUAUUAGGUAACAAAGCUAAUUAUGCUAUCCUUAUUAUUGAAGGAUUAAUCUUAUGACUUAAACAUAAGCUUUGGUUAUAUUUGGGUGUAGUCUUUGGCUAAGGACCCAUUAAGACUAGUAGCAAACACUUGGAAGGUGGCUAACUGGGAUUGGGAAUACAUGUCUCAACUUGAGAAACCAAAUAGUGCUAAGGGACUCAGGAUGAUCAGACCUGUGACCUUGGCCUCAUUUGUAUCUUGUUUUAACUGAGGUGAUCAGACACUUAGUACCCUAGAAAUGGACUGGAAUUAUUGAAUCUUCUUCUGUAACAUCACAAUCUUCCUGGUUUUCAGAAUAAAAGUCUUUUUGUGCUUUUGAUAUAAAUAUAUACUCUAUAAUAAAAUGUUUGACUAAUUUAUAUAGUAGUGCUUGUCAGCCUGUACUUUUUUUUUUUUUAAACCCAUGACCUAGUCGUAGACAUUUUUUUCUUUUUGUUCUGUUCUGAAGCAAGCUCUUAUUUUUCCCUUUCUACCAAAUUGAGAGAAUGGGCAGACACAGGAGCCAUAUUCCCAGUUUCACAGAAAUGUUACUUGAAUUAUUAUUUUCCCUUUCCCAGGACUUGCCUGUAAGCAUUCAAAUUGUUUUGAAUUUCAUUUUGCCUUCUUUAAGUUAGAGGUAUUUAAUGACUGAAGACUGGUGGGAGAGAAAGUAUCAACAAACUGAGUAAACUAUUCUUGAGGGGUACUGAAAAGAUGUUCUUUGAAACUGGAUUUAUAUAUUUUUACUUGCAAAAGAAAAUACUGUGUUUUGAGUAUGAAAGUGUGAUUGGGUUUGUUGUGGGAACCACUGACUGAUGCCAUAAUUUGCACUUAAAGGCUAUAAAUUACAUAGUUAGCCAUACUUUAGUACUAGAAGCAGUAAAUUGACAUCCUUGAACUAAUUCCUACCUUUUUUUUUGUUUCUGAAGAAAUAAAAAGUAUACUAAGCAAAGGGAUAAUUAAUAUUUCAGGUUGGACAAUUUACCCUAAACAAACCAUGGAAAGUGCAAACACAUGAAUGAAACAUUUUUUUACAUCAAAGUAUCAUCAAAGAUUCUUGUUUCAUUUGAUAAAAUUAAUAUUUGAAUAAAAAAAUUUUUAAAUCAAA